UCUUCAUUUCCUUCCGUCUUCCGUCGCUGUGAUUGAUUAAGUAACCGACACUAAAACGCCGCGCUUCAUCUCAACCCUCAAAAGUCUGCAUUUAUCACUGAAUCACAUACCACUCUACAGCCUCCACUAGCAACCACGUAGCCUUGAACACCUAAGGCAAAAUCGAGCUGACUCUAGUUUUUCUUACCCCUCCGCAAACAUUAUUUUUCUUCUUCAUAUCUAAGCUUAUUGCAUCUUCAACCUUUCCAAUGAACAAUAAUUCUGAUCGGUGCGUUCAUAUAAUCACAUCGUCACUUUCACUUCCUAUUCUUUGCCUUUACUUCUAUCAUUCCGGGUCUUGGGUCGCCUUGCAAUUCUGAUUGACCGAUACUUCCGCAGCGAAGCUCCGUCAUUCUAGGUAAUCAUGGCGACUACGAAUAGUCGUGCCCCAUCCGCCACGCCUGCCCCUCUUUCUUCUAUUCCCACCACGAAUGGAAAUUCAGUUCAUGCUCACCUCCACGCUCACGACGAUAUCCUACCGAACGGUCACCAUGUUCCCGUUCAAGAGCCUCGACUCGCUCCGACUCCAACGCCCGCUAUGGCUUCGAACACUUCCGCUAAGAAAGGAAAGGGGAAAAAACCCCUCGAUUCAAACGAGGCUUCAAAACUCGUCGCCGCUAGGAUCUCCCAGUUGGAAGUCGACACGGCUGCCGAAAAGGAGCAAGAGGCGGAAAUUGAUCGAGAAGUACGCAAGGCCAAUCGCGAGCUCAACCAUCAGAUGAAUAAGAUGAACGAUAUGGACAAAAUCGAGCUUCUAACUAAGCGAUCCUCGGAGCUUUUUGCAAAUAUGAAGCGGCUCGAGCGCGAAAAUAUCAAGAACAAGAAGCGCGCGGAUCAGUUGCAAAAGGAAAAGGAUUCCAGCCGCACAGAUCUAAGCAAACAAAUUGGCCUAAAGGAGAAAUUAGAAAAGCUCUGUCGUGAGUUGCAAAAAGAGAACAACAAGCUGAAGAAUGAACACCGCGCUUUGAACGAUACCCAUGAUCGACUGAAGGCCUCAUCUGACGAGCGCUUCAAGAAGGUGCUCGAAACUCUAGAAGGCUAUCAAGAAGAGAAAGACAACCCAAGGAAGCAAGUGGUGUACAUGAAGGCUGAAGAAUUAUUCAAGGCUCGAUUCAAAUCCCUUAUUGACCAGUAUGAGCUACGAGAGCUACACUUCCACUCCGCCAUGCGAACCAAAGAGAUUGAAGUGCAAUGCAAUAUGGCUCGUUACGAACAGCAGAAAAAGACGGCGGAGGCGGAGGCCAGCCGCGCGCGCCAGCUCAACAGUCAAGUGCUUACAUUCUCCAAAACCGAGACUGAGUUGCGAAACCAGUUGAACGUUUAUGUCGAGAAGUUUAAGCAGGAAAUGGAAGAUAUGUCUAAGAAGACAAAGAAACUCGAAAAGGAAAACGAGGCCUACAAGCGCAAAGAAGGCGCACUCAACCAGAAUAUCCUCAAGAUGGCCGAGGAACGAAACAGGUACAUCAAGGACAUCGAGGACAUCAAGAAGAAGAACGACAAGCUCACGAGCAUCAUCAACCAGAUGCAGCAGCAGGGCCGCGGCAUACCCCAGGGCAUGCAAGGUACGGUGGAGAGUUGCUAUGCUGAAGGGACAGAAGGCGACGAGGAGGGGGAGCUGGAAGAUGGCGACGAGGAAAGCGAGUACGAUUACGACGACGAGGGAGACGAGGAAGUGAGCGAGGAAGGCGAGUUCGACGACGACACGGAGGAGGAGCUGCCCCAAGCACCAGGGGCCUACGGCCCGGAGCGCCCACCUGCUAUGAACGGGCAUCGCUAGGAAGACGAUGACCCAGAGUGGCCAGCGGCGGAGUUCCCCCCUGCGUUCCGGGACAUGUUGCGGUGGAUUCGCGACCUGCGAAACGCCAUCCAAUAUAACCAAUCCCUGCCGCCAUCCCCUGCUCCAGAACCAGCUACCAAGUAGCACCAAGUAGCACCAAGUACGGAGACGUUUAAGGGGGGGAUACUCGCCUGCCUGCCUGCCUGCCUACCUA